CCGACGACCCCGAUGAGGAAAUCGCCAUGGCGUCGCGUCACGAUAGCAUGCACUCUGAGCAAGGCCUGGAAAUCACGGAACUAAGAGCGAGAGUUGCCGAACUUGAAGGCUCUGGGGCUCUUGCUACGAACAUGCGUAACGAAGUUUCUCAGGAACUCCAAUUCUACAAGAGUGAAGUAGCAAAGAAGAAAGACGAGAUCUAUGACCUUACCAGUGCGUCCGGAAACCAAUUCAGAGACAUCAAAGCCCUCGAGAUCAAGAUUGUUAAGUUGCGAGAAGACAGUGAGCACAAGGUUCGUGAGAUGAAGAAAGAACUCAGUCGUGCGAAAUCGACGAAGAAGCGUACCAAGGAGGACCAAGACGCGACAAACGUCAUUGCCCAGCUACAAACUGAACUCGGUGCCAAGGAUAUUAGGAUUGACCAACUGGAAGUUCGAUUAUCUAACCUCAAGCCUCCUUCUGAAAACGCGUACCGCGGGGUCCAAACUACGCUAGCCAACCGCCGCCCAACAGAUAUACAUCACGAGAACGGCUGCGAGGAGUACCAGAAGCUCAUAUACCAACAGCUUGAGGAUGCUCAAGAACUACGGGUUGCCGCCGAAGCAGAAGUAGAAGGACUUCGUCAUCUUGCGAAUGCUAACGCAGAUCUGACUGAUGGCCAGGCUACAGAUAUGAAAUGUAUCCAGGAACUGAGAAAUGAGAAUGAGCGAUACCACAUUGAAGUGAAGCAUCUCAAAGAAGUCAUUGGUGGCCUACACGCCGAACAGCAUUCUACUUCUGACGGAUUCCGUGAUAUCGAUCUCGGCGACCCGGUAACCCAAACUCUUUCCCUUUCUCCUUUGACGAAUUCAUGCACUACUCCCAUCGCUCCUCAAGAAGAUAAAGCCGACAUAGCUAUAGAUGCGCACCAGCUGCGUGCCUUAGAGCUGGAGAUUGAACGCUUAGCCUCACAGAAUCAUCGCCUUUCGCUUGAGUGUGCCGAGUUGGAGUCGAAGCUCGCGUCUGUCAUAUCCACGCUGAAGGCUCUAGGGCAGGAACAACGAACCAAGAGCAAAUGUACACUGACUCUCUCCGAUCUACAAAAUGUCUCAACUUCACCACGCACACCAAUCGCAGCAAGCAGGUCGGUGAUGAACCCUGUCAUGCUAGCUGAAUUGGAAGACCUUGGAAAGUACAUCAAUAAUCUCAGCGAUCCAAUAUCCAAGACAUCUACUUCUACUGCUAACAUGCCAGCCACAUCCCACCUACCCAACGUGGCCUUGACAAUCAACAUUAAACCAAGUAACAAGCGCAACUACUCUUUGUUCCAGCGUGUCAAAAGCGCCAUCUCUUCGACUUCCAAAGUCGACAUCAAAGGGCCUAAAGCUAUUGCCAAUCAAUUUGUAGCCCUCAUGGAGGAUGUCGAGAAGGAUCAUGCAGAGAAGACGAAACGUGUCAUCGAGCUAGACAAAGUCACUCAGCAACUACAUGCAAACGUCGAUGCGUUGGAAACACAACUUCGUAACCAAGGCAAGUGCUCGGAUCCUACGCAUCGCACGUUGGCCGACGAGCUCGCGGCCAAAAACGAGCAGUUUGCUAUGCAGGAACAGCUGUUGACUACAUUUCGGCGGAGCAAUGUGGCAUAGGCAGGCUUUCUUCAC